AGGUCCUGGUGUGCCCUUGCUUUCCUCUCGUUGGCAUAUCUUUGCCAUGGCGCUCUGUCCUGCCCGCCACUUUGCAAAUGCUACCGCGGAAGAGCUGAGGUGGUCUGCAAUGAGGUCCCUCUGACAGAGUUCCCCUCCGAGGGUCUCUCCAGGAGCACCACCUUGCUGACCAUCCAGUUCACGAACAUCACCUCCCUCUCCGAGCAGCAGCUGAACGCCACGCCCCUGCUGAAGGGGCUCCACCUGUACAGCAACCACCUGCAGAGCCUUUCUGCUCAUCUCCUCAGGGGCGUUCCUCACCUCGACACUUUGGAUCUCACGGGGAACCGACUGUCUGACCUGCCUGCAGAUGUCUUCAACCACGCCCCACUCCGCAACUUGGUGCUGAAGAAUAAUGUGAUUGAAAAAGCUGACGCCGAGUGGCUGCCUGAUAACAGCAGCAUCACCUGGUUGGACCUAUCUGGGAACAGUUUAAGGAAGAUCCCAACGGCUCUGCUUCAGAAGCUGCCCCACCUGGAGAAUCUGGACCUUGCCAAUAACCGUCUGGAGCAGAUCUUUCCAAAUUCUCUGGACCCGCUGAACAAACUCGAGAGGUUAAACCUGCGUAACAACAAGCUAGAGACCCUGGAUGCAUCUGUACUUCAGAGCAGCCGUAGCCUCACCCAUCUGUUCCUCUCUAGGAAUAACCUCAGCAAACUCCCCCAAAACCUUUUUCAGGAGCUCACUCAGCUCAAACACUUGAGUCUGGAGGAAAACCAGCUGAGCCACAUCCCCACAGGUCUGCUGGACCCUCUGAGCUCCCUGGAGGAGGAGGGGCUGGACCUGACCUCCAACCCCUGGCUGUGUGACGGGAAGGUGGAGUACCUCUGGAGGUGGCUUCAGAAGAACAAGAAGAAGGUUUUCCUGCCAGAGACCAUAAUAUGUGCCAGCCCGCUGUCUCUGGUGGGGCGCUCACUAAUGUCACUGACAGAAAGUGAGCUCAACCUUCAGUCUUAAUCUUCUCCAUCCUGGUUAUUAUCUGACAUGGUGUCAUAUGUUUCAAUCACUGAAACAUUCUCUUUUGUUAAUGUAAUGUGAACGUAUGAUUAAAAUAUGAUAUGAGUAAAGAGGUUAUACAA